UUGAAACCAUGGUUCUCUGCAUCACCUUCCCCUUCUUCACCUUGUUGUUCCUCUUCAACCUUCAGCCCUCAAUUGCUCAACAACAACGUCAACAACAACAACAACAACUCACAUCCUUCAACAUCUCAUUCUCUCCAUGGCUUCCAACACAGAACAAAGUCCUUCUUUCCCCAAACUCAAACUUCACUGCAGGUUUCUUUCCCAUACCCAAUUCUCAAAACCUCUUCACUUUCUCUGUUUGGUUCUCCAAAGUCCCUCAAAGUGCAAACCCUGUUAUCUGGAACGCCACAACCCAAGUCAACAACUCUGGCUCCCUUGUAAUCACCACAAAAGGUGAGCUUCUUCUCAAUGAUUCACCCUUUGCUAAUAAUGCUUCUUCUUCUUCCAAUUCCACACAACUUGUUCUUGACAACGAUGGAAACUUGGUCUUUGGGGAUUGGAGCAGCUUCAAGAAUCCAACCAACACCAUCUUGCCUAACCAAAACUUCAGUGGGAUUGAGCUUUAUACCAUUAAUGGGAAAUACAAGUUCAUAAAGUCUCAGUUUUUGGUUCUCAAUUCCACAUCUGAUCAAUACUACAAUACCCCAAGUCCCUUGGUGAGCAUGGAUGAUGCUGGGAAAAUGACCAUGGUAGGUGGCUUUUUUCUUACCUCAGAUUAUGGUGACCCCAGGUUGAGAAAAAUGGUUCUUGAUGAGGAUGGGAAUCUCAAAAUCUAUAGCUUCUACCCCGAGCAACAAAACAAGUGGGUUGAGGUAUGGAAAGCAGUAUGGGAGGUGUGCACAAUCAAAGGAAAAUGUGGAUCUAAUGCUAUAUGCAUGCCAAAAGAGAAUUUGAAUUACACUUCUACUUACUGUGUUUGUCCAUCAGGUUUCAAGGCAAAUCAAGGUGGCCCUGAAAAUGGUUGCACAAGGAAAAUCCCACUUUCAAGUAACACCAAAUUUCUCAGGCUAGAUUACAUAAACUACACCAGCAACAGCCAGAUGAAUCAAAUCGUUGCUAACAACUUCACAAUCUGUGAAUCAGGAUGCAUAAGAGACACAAGGUGUCUUGGGUUUGGCUUCAAAUAUGAUGGAACAGGCUAUUGUGUUUGGCUAUUAGGAACAGAACUUCAAUAUGGUUAUUGGUCACCAGGCCCUGAAAUUGCUUUGUUUCUUAAAGUUGACAAAUCUGAAUCAGAAGCCACAAAUUUCAUUGGCAUGACUGAGGUGAUGCAAACAGCAUGUCCUGUCAAAAUAAGCCUGCCACUACCACCAAAGGACUCAAACACAACCACAAGAAACAUUGCCAUAAUUUGCACCCUUUUUGCUUUAGAAUUCAUAUCUGGGGUGGCUUUCUUUUGGUCAUUCCUCAAGAGGUACAUAAAGUAUAGGGACAUGGCCACAACACUAGGCCUUGAGCUCUUACCUGCUGGUGGCCCCAAAAGGUUCACAUACUCAGAACUCAAAGCUGCCACAAAUGACUUCUCCAACCUCAUAGGGAGAGGUGGCUUUGGAGAUGUUUACAAAGGGGAGCUGCCGGACCACCGUGUCGUCGCCGUGAAGUGCCUGAAGAAUGUCGCCGGCGGUGAUGCUGAGUUUUGGGCAGAGGUCACUAUCAUUGCAAGGAUGCACCACCUCAACUUGGUUCGCUUGUGGGGUUUCUGUGCUGAGAAAGGUCAAAGGAUACUUGUCUAUGAGCAUAUCCCUGGUGGUUCAUUGGACAAGCACUUGUUCCAAGUCAAAAAGUCUCUCAAGGGUGGUGAAUUUGACCCAAACAACAACAACAAUAACAGACAAGAUAAACCUGUUCUGGAUUGGAACAUGAGGUACAGGAUUGCUCUUGGUGUGGCUAGAGCUAUUGCAUACUUGCAUGAGGAGUGUUUGGAAUGGGUUUUGCACUGUGACAUUAAGCCUGAGAACAUACUCUUAGGUGAUGAUUUUUGUCCCAAGAUAUCAGAUUUUGGGUUGGCCAAACUAAGGAAAAAGGAGGAUAUGGUAACCAUGUCUAGGAAAAGGGGUACUCCUGGUUAUAUGGCUCCAGAAUGGAUCACUGCAGAUCCAAUCACCUCCAAAGCUGAUGUGUAUAGCUUUGGCAUGGUGCUGUUGGAGCUUGUGAGUGGGGUCAGGAACUUUGAGAUUCAAGGGUCUGUGGUCCAUAGUGAGGAGUGGUAUUUCCCAAGAUGGGCUUUUGAUAAGAUGUUCAAGGAUAUGAGAGUGGAAGAUAUUCUGGAUAUUCAGAUUAAGGAUGUUUAUGAUUCAAGGGCCCAUUUUGAAUUGGUUAAUAGAAUGGUGAAGACAGCAAUGUGGUGCCUUCAGGAUAGACCUGAGUUGAGGCCUACAAUGGGGAAGGUUGCUAAGAUGUUGGAAGGGACUGUGGAGAUCACUGAACCAAAGAAGCCCACUAUUUUCUUCCUUGGGGAAGAGUAGAUUGAUUAUUGUGCAAUGCUCUGGUGGUUCUCUUGUUUGUUCCUUCCUUGGCUUGGUUUUCUGGAUCUUUGUACUAUUGUCCCCAAAAAAAUAAUAAUGUUUUUUUCACUUCUAUUUGAAUAAAAUAGGUGAUCAAGUGUACAAUUUUUACCUUGAAUGCUUUGUUUUGUACCCCAUUGUAGUAAGUUU